CGCAUUUCUUUUUUUCUUUCUUAUAUAUACAUUUUUUUAUGACUGAACAAACAUUUUCAGAAAUAUAUGCUUCAUUUCUUUUAAAGCAAGAAAGAGAACACCAAGAUACAUUUACUGCUGCGUGUUAUGUGUUUCUUCAGUUUGAACCAUCUCGACAACAAGCGACACGACUUGGUAUCCUUUAUAUCCUCUAUAGACACUAUGCUAUUCUUCCUUUAGACCAUAAUCCUUUUCUGACUUUCUUUUUACAACUGACAGAAGAAUUACCCACAGAUUCUAUUGAACGUCAUUUUGUAUUUUGUAUCUUGGAACAAAGUUUGCCUGAUUUAGAAAACACAUUACCUCAUGAAUUAUCCAGUCAUAUCUUGCCACCUAUUCAACAGAAUGCAGUAUGGAUAAAUACACUCAAGUUAAAAGUAGCGCGUUUAAUUGAUGAUCCUGAUAUAGUGAUAUUGAAUCAAAACACCCGUCAGUUAUUAUCAGAAGCAUCGACAAGGAAAUUGACUUUACCCGAACAUGAACUAUUAAGCCAUGAAAGAUUAUCAGAUUAUCCACUCUGUCAACUCAUACCACCCAAUCAACUGCCGAGCUUGAUUGAUUUCAACCAAUUCCUUGCCCUGGAUAUUGUACCUAUCUUACUUGGAUCCAACCCAGCCUAUCUUCAGUCUUUAUUAGACACACCUGUCAGUAUCCAUUCAUUAGAAGUGGUACAUCAUGUCCUGAUGAACCAUAUGGUCCUCCCUGAAGAAUUCCUGCAUUAUUAUAUAUCCAACAGUAUUCGAUCCUGCGACCAAUUAGAAGAAGGACCCAAAAGAGAUAGACAAGUGAAACAGGUGACGCGUUUUAUUCAGUCUUUAUUAGAAAAGAAGAUCAUCCCUAUAUCUGAUUAUUUUGUUGAAAUUCAAUCCUUUUGUGUUUCUUAUAUGAAGCUAAAAGGUGUUGCUCAACUGUUUCGACUUUGCUUCCAAUAAAAUGAAACCAAGUCACGACUUUUUUUUUUCC